AUGGCACAACAUUUUAAGCUGAUAUCAUGUAUCUCUCUCUUCUUGCUCCUGCUUGUUCCAUCCAAUGCCGAAAAACCUACACAUAAAAAGCCACUUCUUCCAUCCAAAUACGAAAACCUUGAAAUUAAAAAGCCUCUUAUUGUUUCAUCCAACUCAGAAAAUCCAAAGUUACUUCAUGCUCCGUCCAAUUCAGAAAACCUUGCAACUAAGAAGCCACAGCCUUUCGGUUUUCUAAAUCAUCUUAAAGGAGGCAAAAAAGGGGAAAAUUUAGCAGGCAUUCGUGAGCUGAAAAAAUAUCUGAACAAAUUUGGAUACCUGAACUAUAAAUCUAUAAAUGGACAUGAUAAUGACCAUUUUGAUGAGAUGCUUGAGGCUGCUGUGAAGACCUACCAGGCCAACUAUAAUCUCAAGAUCACCGGAAUACUUGAUUCUGAAACAAUAUCAAAGAUGGUGAUGCCACGGUGUGGAUUUCCGGAUAUCAUCAAUGGGACUAAUAGCAUGACAAAGAAACAUGAGGGGCAUCAACAUCACGGUUCUAACAAACUCCACAUAGUCGCUCAUUACAGUUACGGCAGCUACAAAUGGCCAGCUGGCAAGACUCAUCUCUAUUACUGGUUUGAAACGCACAUAACCUACUCAAGUAUCAAACGGGCUGUGGCAAGGGCAUUCAACAGAUGGGCUUCGUACACACAACAUUUCACUUUCGAAGAAACUUUGGAUUACCAAAGCUCUGAUCUGACGGUUACUUACUAUAGAGGUGACCAUGGCGAUGGUUCUGCGUUUGAUGGUCCAGGAGGAGUUCUUGCUCAUGCAUUUUUCCCAACCGAUGGAAGAUUACACUUUGAUGUGGAUGAGCGCUGGUCCAUAGGGGCUAUUCCUAAUUAUAUUGAUCUUGAGAGUGUUGCUGUGCAUGAAAUUGGGCACCUUCUUGGACUUGCUCAUAGCACCGUCCAAGAUGCAAUUAUGUAUCCAAGUUUACCUUAUGGAGUGGUCAAAACUAAUCUUCAACCUGAUGAUAUUCAAGGAAUCAAAGCGCUCUAUAACAUCUAG